AGUUGUAUAUGGUCAUGAUGACAGCGGCAUACCGAGAACUCCAGCGGACUGACGUGAGCUGGAGGGUCUCGGAUUUUUAAAGCCCUCUCCAGCCUCCUGCUGUAUUUAAUCAUUCAGAUACAGGGGACCGCGCUCCACACGCCGCCGUGCGUCGGUCUCCUCUCCUUUCAGUUGUUUCUUUUUUCUUUUCUUCAGUUUUCCUCUAAGUGAAUAUCUUCGUGUGCGUCUGUUUGGCAAGCGAAGCCUCGCAUCUUACGGGCUGCAGCUCAUGCGAAGCAGGGACCGCUUGUGUUGGAGAGGAAACUCGAAGUCUCGUUCAGCGCCGUAUCUGCGCGCUUGAACAAAGCUGAGAACUCGCAGGAGCGGAGAAAAUCACUGGCCUGUUUUACUGCCUUUCCCACCCCAACACGCUUCCAACUUCAAAACUUUUGUCCUUCUGUUUUUUCCUUCUCCGGGAACGUGCGCACCCGGUACUGCCCCGCUCCCCCGCCUGCGGUAACGUCUCACGCGCGCACCGGCCUCACGGAUCACGGUAUAAAAGGGGGGCUCGCGAAAGGCGAAAACAUGAUGAGCAACAACACGUACUGCGAGCAGCAGCCGCCGCCGCUGUACUACCAGGGCACCGACAACGGCGAGGACGGAGACGAGGAGAUGCCGGCCACGGAGAAGGACCUGGCGGAGGACGCGCCUUGGAAGAAGAUCCAGCAGAACACCUUCACCAGGUGGUGCAACGAGCAUCUGAAAUGCAUAAACAAGAAGAUCGUCGACCUGCAGAAAGACCUGAGCGACGGGCUCAAACUUAUAGGACUUCUCGAAGUUUUGAGCCAGAAGAAAAUGUACAGAAAGUACCACGCCAGACCAAAUUUCAGGCAGAUGAAGCUGGAAAACGUGUCAGUUGCGCUGGAAUUCCUCGAAAGGGAGCAUAUUAAGCUGGUGUCGAUAGACAGCAAAGCCAUCGUAGAUGGGAACCUGAAGCUAAUCCUGGGCCUGAUCUGGACACUCAUCCUGCACUACUCCAUCUCCAUGCCCAUGUGGGAGGACGAGGACGACGAAGACGCCAAGAAGCUGACGCCCAAACAACGCCUGCUGGGCUGGAUCCAGAACAAAGUCCCACAGCUACCCAUCAACAACUUCCACCGUGACUGGCGGGACGGCAAGGCACUGGGUGCCCUGGUGGACAACUGUGCCCCCGGUCUGUGCCCUGAUUGGGAGAUGUGGGACCCAAAUCAGCCCGUGGAGAACGCCCGGGAGGCCAUGCAGCAGGCUGAUGACUGGCUCGGGGUGCCACAGGUGAUUGCUCCUGAGGAGAUCGUGGACCCAAACGUCGACGAGCACUCCGUGAUGACCUACCUGUCCCAGUUCCCCAAAGCCAAGCUCAAGCCAGGCGCCCCUCUGCGCUCCAAAACCCUGCACCCCAAGAGGGCCAAGGCCUACGGCCCCGGCAUUGAGCCCAGAGGCAACAUGGUGAUGAGACCAGCCGAGUUUGUGGUGGAGACCGUGGAGGCAGGGCUCGGAGAAGUGUUGGUGUACGUCGAGGAUCCUGAGGGUCACACCGAAGAGGCUAGAGUGAUCCCCAACAACGACAAACACAGGAGUUAUUCUGUAGUCUAUGUGCCCAAGGUGGAGGGACUUCAUAAGGUGAAGGUGCUCUUUGCUGGGCAGGAUAUUAACCACAGCCCCUUCCUAGUGAAUGUAUCCAAAGCUCUAGGAGACCCCAGCAAGGUUCAAGCUCGCGGCCCAGGUCUGGAGCCAGUGGGCAACGUGGCCAACAAACCCACCUACUUCGACAUUUACACCGCAGGCGCCGGCGCGGGGGACGUGGGCGUGAUCAUCGUGGACUCGCAGGGACGCAGGGACACGGUGGAGAUCAUACUGGAGAACAGAGGAGACAGCGUCUUCCGCUGCACCUACGCCCCCGUGCUGGAAGGCCCUCACGUCGUCUACGUGACGUUCGCCGGCCAGCAGAUACCCAGAAGCCCGUUCACUGUCCACAUCUCAGAGGCUCCUCCGAGCAGUGUGCCGGCUGGCUCCCCGGUUCAGAUAAUCCCCCAGUCUAUUCGCACGCCGCCCUCCGAAAAGGCCAAGAAAGUGCCCCCCCCAACGCCGCCCAAACCCAGGCGACCAACAAGCAACCCCAACGCGUGCCGGGCCAUCGGGCGGGGUCUGCAGCCCAAGGGUGUCCGCGUAAAGGAGGUGGCCGACUUUAAGGUGUACGCCCGAGGAGCCGGCAGCGGAGACCUCCGUGUGCUCAUCAAAGGCCCCACUGGCGGAGACGAGCCCGUGAAGGUGCGUGAUUUGAGCGAUGGGGUAUAUGAGUGCGACUACUACCCCGUUUUCCCUGGAAAGUACACUGUCCUCAUCACCUGGGGGGGUCAUGCCAUCCCACGCAGCCCAUUCGAAGUGCUGGUCAGUGAGGAUGCAGGACCUCAGAAGGUGAGGGCAUGGGGCCCAGGCCUGGAGACUGGCAUGGUGGGCAGGUCAGCUGACUUUGUGGUGGAAGCUAUCGGCACGGAGGUGGGAACCCUGGGAUUCUCCAUCGAGGGCCCAUCGCAAGCUAAGAUUGAGUGUGAUGAUAAGGAUGAUGGCUCCUGUGAUGUUCUCUACUGGCCCACGGAGCCUGGUGACUAUGCUGUCCACGUUAUCUGUGACGAUGAGGACAUUAAGGACAGCCCCUUCAUGGCCCACAUCCUCCCUGCACCCAAUGACGUUUUUCCUGAGAAGGUGAAAUGUUACGGCCCAGGCCUGGAGCCCUCCGGCUGCAUCGUGAACAGACCGGCCGAAUUCACCAUCGAUGCCCGAGCUGCAGGCAGGGGUCAGCUGAGGAUCUAUGCUCAGGACUCGGAAGGCUACCCUAUUGACAUCCAGAUCACCGAUAAUGGCGACAGCACUUUCUUCUGCGUUUACAUCCCCACCAAACCCAUCAAGCACACCAUUAUCAUCACCUGGGGAGGGGUCAACGUGCCCAACAGCCCCUUCAGGGUGACCAUCGGGGAGGGCAGCCACCCGGAGAACGUGAAGGUGUACGGGCCGGGGGUGGAGAAGGGAGGCCUGAAGGCUGGAGAGCCCACCUACUUCACCGUGGACUGCAGUGAGGCGGGCCAGGGAGACGUGAGCAUUGGGAUCAAGUGCGCCCCCGGAGUGGUUGGCCCCGCCGAGGCCGAUAUCGACUUUGAUAUCAUCAAAAACGACAACGACACCUUCACCGUGAAGUACACCCCCCCCGGCCCGGGCCGAUACACCAUCAUGGUGCUGUUUGCGGACCAGGAAAUACCCAUCAGCCCCUUCCGCAUUAAAGUGGAUCCCUCCCACGAUGCUAAUAAAGUGAAGGCCGAAGGCCCCGGACUCAGCAAGACUGGUGUGGAGGUGGGCAAGCCGACGCACUUCACGAUCUACACUAAAGGAGCGGGCAAGGCCACACCUGAGGUGCACUUCACGAGCGCACUUAAAGGGGAGGCCGUCACCGACUUUGAGAUCAUCGAUAACCACGACUACUCCUUUACCGUGCGCUACACGGCAGUGCAGCAGGGCAACAUGAGUAUCUCAGUGUGCCAUGGAGGGGAUCCGAUCCCAAAAAGUCCCUUUGUCAUCACUGUGGCUCCUCCGCUCGACCUCAGUAAGGUCAAGAUCCAAGGACUUAACACCAAAGUGGAUGUGGGGAAGGAUCAGGAGUUUACCAUCAACACACGUGGAGCAGGUGGCCAAGGCAAGGUGGAUGUGAAGAUAACCUCACCAUCUCGACGACCAAUCCCAUGCAAGGUGGAGUCUGGAACAGCCAAUGAGGUGCACACUGUGAAGUAUAUCCCUCCAGAGGAAGGUCCAUAUAAAAUAGACAUCAAUUAUGAUGGGAACCCUGUGCCAGGAAGUCCCUUCACUGUGGAAGGAGUCAUGCCCCCUGACCCCUCUAAAGUGCGAGCCUACGGCCCAGGCCUGAAGGGAGGAUUUGUGGGUAAACCGGCGCCGUUCGCCAUCGACACCAAGGGUGCUGGCACGGGAGGGCUGGGCCUCACGGUGGAGGGGCCGUGCGAGGCCAAGAUCGAGUGCCAGGACAAUGGCGAUGGCUCUUGCUCCGUGUCCUAUCUGCCCACGGAGCCGGGCGAGUACGCCAUCAACAUCCUGUUCGCCGACGCCCAUAUCCCUGGCUCGCCCUUCAAAGCCAUGGUGCAGUCUGUGUUCGACCCGAGUAAGGUGACGGCCAGCGGGCCGGGCCUGGAGCGAGGCGAGGUGGGCGAGGCCGCCUGCUUCACGGUGGACUGCUCCAAGGCGGGAGAAGCCGAGCUCACCAUCGAGAUUAUCUCGGACUCAGGGGCCAAGGCUGAGGUACAUGUGCAGAACAACAGCGACGGCACGUACUCGAUCACCUACAUCCCGCCCUUCCAUGGCAUGUACACCAUAACCAUCAAGUACGGCGGCCACGCCGUACCCAAGUUUCCCGCCCGCGUUCAGGUGGAUCCCGCCGUUGACACCAGUGGAAUCAAGGUUUAUGGACCAGGGGUGGAACCCAGAGGAGUCCUCAGGGAAGUCACCACACACUUCAUUGUGGACACCCGCAUACACAACAAGGCGGGCGGCAACCACAUCAAGGUUCGCAUCGUUAACCCUUCGGGUGCCAACACGGACACCUAUAUCACGGAUGUAGGGGAUGGAACCUACAGAGUGGAAUAUGGUGCUUACGAGGACGGCGUGCACCUGAUCGAGGUGCUGUACGAUGACGUGUGUGUUCCGAAGAGCCCGUUCAGAGUGAUGGUGACUGAAGGUUGUGACCCGAGCCGGGUACGUGCCUAUGGACCCGGUCUAGAAGAGGGUCUGGUCAACAAAGCCAACCGCUUCACCGUGGAGACCAGGGGAGCUGGCACUGGGGGUCUGGGUUUAGCCAUCGAGGGGCCCUCUGAGGCCAAGAUGUCCUGUAAGGACAAUAAAGAUGGCAGCUGCAGUGUGGAGUACAUCCCCUUCACACCGGGAGACUAUGACGUCAACAUCACGUUCGGGGGGUUGCCCAUCCCCGGCAGCCCCUUCCGAGUGCCGGUGAGAGAACUGGUGGACCCCAGUAAGGUGAGGUGCUCCGGCCCAGGCCUGGGCACCGGGGUGCGGGCGCACGUGCCGCAGACGUUCACGGUGGACUGCAGCAAGGCCGGCCUGGCCCCUCUGGAGGUGCUGCUGUAUGGCCCAAGCGGGGCAGCAGAACCCGUCAGCAUCACGGACAAUGGCGACGGUACACACGCCGUGAUCUACACCCCCGCCAAGGAUGGCCCUUACACUGUGUGUGUCAAAUAUGCAGACCAGGAGGUGCCACGCAGUCCGUUUAAAGUGAAGGCCCUACCUGCUCACGAUGCCAGUAAGGUUCGUGCCAGUGGGCCUGGGCUCAACGCCUCGGGCGUGCCCGCCAGCCUGCCCGUGGAAUUCACCAUCGAUGCCCGCGAUGCUGGCGAGGGACUCCUCACCGUCCAGAUCCUGGAUCCGGACGGGUGCAGGCGUGAGGUCUCUCUGUAUGUGGAGGACUGGGGAAGGAGGGUUUGGGACAGCCAUAUUGUAAAGGGCACCAUCCCCUUCUAUAUUCUUAGGAAAGGCUGUGACCCAGAAGGAAAGCCCAAGAAAGCCAACAUCAGGGACAACAGAGACGGAACGUACACGGUGUCCUACGUGCCGGACAUGACAGGCCGCUACACCAUCACCAUCAAAUACGGCGGGGACGAAAUUCCCUACUCCCCCUACCGCAUCCACGCCCUGCCGUCCGGAGACGCCAGCAAGUGCCUGGUCACAGUGUCCAUUGGAGGACAUGGGCUGGGCUCAGGACUCGGACCCACCAUUCAGAUUGGCGAAGAGACAGUCAUCACCGUGGAUGCCAAGGCUGCUGGAAAGGGGAAGGUCACCUGCAAAGUGUCCACACCCGAUGGCGCGGAGCUGGACGUGGACGUGGUGGAGAACUCGGACGGAACCUUCGACAUCUACUACACGGCGCCAGAGCCGGGGAAAUACGUCAUCACCAUCCGCUUCGGAGGAGAACACAUCCCCAACAGCCCCUUCCACGUGGUGGCGUGUGAUUCCAUUCCUAUAAUAGAGGAACCAUGCGAAAAAGUGCAGCUGCAGGCGCCCUUCGCCCCCUACCAGGGCUUCUCGCCUCACUGGGCCACCCAGGAGCCUGUGACGGCCGUUAACGGCGUGGAGCCCAUGCUACGGCCCUUCCACCUGGUCAUCCCCUUCACCGUGCAGAAAGGAGAGAUCACAGGUGAGGUGCGAAUGCCGUCAGGCAAGACCGCCAACCCUCACAUCACAGACAACAAGGAUGGCACAGUGACGGUGAAGUAUGCUCCCACCGAGAAAGGCCUGCACGAGAUGGAGAUCAAAUAUGACGGCAACCACAUACCAGGGAGUCCGCUGCAGUUCUACGUCGACGCCAUCAACAGUGGUCACGUGACUGCUUAUGGCCCGGGCCUGAGUCAUGGCAUGGUCAACAGACCCGCCGUCUUCACGAUCGUCACCAAGGAUGCGGGAGAAGGCGGGCUGUCUCUGGCAGUGGAAGGCCCGUCAAAGGCAGAAAUCAGCUGUAAAGAUAACAAGGACGGCACUUGCACGGUCUCCUACCUACCUACUGCACCAGGAGACUACAACAUCAUCGUCAAGUUUGAUGGCAAACACAUCCCAGGGAGCCCGUUCACGGCCAAGAUUACAGGGGACGACUCUAUGAGGACAUCCCAGCUGAACGUUGGUACGGCGACAGAUGUGUCUUUGAAGAUCACAGAGACAGACCUGAGUUCUCUCACGGCUACCAUCAGAGCCCCAUCUGGUAACGAAGAGCCCUGUCUGCUCAAGAGGUUACCUAACCGCCACAUCGGGAUCUCCUUCACGCCUAAGGAGGUGGGCGAGCACGUGGUGAGCGUGAAGAAGAGCGGCAAGCACGUGACCAACAGCCCCUUCAAAAUCAUGGUGGGCCAGUCGGAGAUCGGCGACGCCAGCAAGGUGAAGGUGUUCGGCAAGGGCCUGGCGGAGGGGCACACCUUCCAGGUGGCCGAGUUCAUUGUGGACACGAGGAGCGCAGGCUACGGAGGACUCGGGCUGUCCAUCGAGGGACCAAGCAAAGUGGACAUUAACUGUGAGGACGUGGAGGACGGCACGUGCAGGGUGACCUACUGCCCCACGGAGCCGGGCACCUACAUCAUCAACAUCAAGUUCGCUGACCAGCAUGUACCAGGAAGCCCGUUCACGGUGAAGGUGUUGGGCGAGGGCAGGAUGAAGGAGAGCAUCACCCGGAGGAGACAGGCUCCCUCCAUAGCCACUGUAGGCAGUACCUGUGACCUGAACCUCAAGAUUCCAGGGAACUGGUUUCAGAUGGUCUCAGCCCAGGAGCGGCUGACACGUACGUUCACGCGCAGUAGCCACACGUACACGCGCACGGAGCGCACGGAGAUCAGCAAGACGCGGGCGGGUGAGACCAAGCGGGAGGUGCGGGUGGAGGAGAGCACGCAGCUCGGGGCGGACCCCUUCAGGGACGUGUUUGGAGGCUUCCUGGGCCGCGACAGCAUGGGGUCCUUCAGCAAUGUCCAGGCCCGCCAACCCGAGGGCGAAGCAGGCACUCAGGAGAUGACGGCGCAGGUGACGAGCCCCAGUGGCAGGACGGAGGACGGUGAGAUCAUAGAGGGGGAGGACAGCACCUACAGCGUGCGCUUCGUGCCACAGGAGAUGGGCCCCCACACGGUCAGCGUGAAGUACAGGGGCCAGCACGUGCCCGGCAGCCCCUUCCAGUUCACCGUGGGGCCCCUCGGGGAAGGAGGGGCCCACAAAGUUCGCGCUGGCGGCACCGGACUGGACCGAGGGGUGGCAGGAGUGCCUGCGGAGUUCAGCAUCUGGACGCGGGAGGCUGGAGCCGGGGGCCUGUCCAUCGCAGUGGAGGGGCCCAGCAAAGCGGAGAUCUCCUUCGAGGACAGGAAGGACGGCUCCUGUGGGGUGGCCUACGUGGUCCAGGAGCCGGGUGACUAUGAGGUGUCAAUCAAAUUCAAUGAUGAGCACAUCCCAGACAGCCCUUUCAUCGUUCCCAUAGCAACACUGUCCAAUGAUGCCCGCAGACUUACUGUCACGAGCCUGCAGGAGAUGGGUCUCAGAGUGAAUCAGGAAGCUUCCUUUGCAGUGCAGUUGAACGGGGCGAGAGGCGUGAUCGACGCCAAAGUUCACACCCCCUCCGGUGCCGUGGAGGAGUGUUACAUCACAGAACUCGACAACGAUCAGCACGCCAUCCACUUCAUCCCACGGGAGAAUGGCGUGCACUCCAUCGACGUGCGCUUCAACAGCAGCCACAUUCCCGGCAGCCCCUUUAAGAUCCGCGUGGGCGAACCGGGCCAGGCUGGAGACCCGGGCCUGGUGACCGCCCACGGGCCGGGACUGGAGGGCGGAACCACCGGUGUUCCCUCUGAGUUCGUCGUGAACACGUGCAACGCCGGGUCGGGCGCACUGUCCGUUACCAUCGACGGCCCCUCCAAGGUCAAGAUGGACUGCCAGGAGUGUGCAGAGGGCUACACGGUCACCUACACGCCCAUGGCCCCUGGCAGCUACCUCAUCUCCAUCAAAUACGGAGGGCCGCAGCACAUCGUUGGCAGCCCCUUCAAAGCCAAAGUCUCUGGUGCACGUCUUUCUGGGGGGCACAGCCUCCAUGAGACCUCCUCAGUGCUGGUAGAGACGGUGACCAAGUCCUCCACCACAGCCGGCUCUGCCUUCGCCUCCCUGCCCAAGUUUUCCUCCGAUGCCAGCAAGGUGGUGUCCCGAGGGGCGGGGCUGUCCAGGGCCUUCAUCAGCCAGAAGAACACCUUCACCGUGGACUGCAGCAGAGCCGGGACGAACAUGCUGAUGGUGGGAGUGCACGGGCCGAAGACCCCGUGCGAGGAGGUCUACGUCAAACACGUGGGCCACAGGAUCUACAACGUCACCUAUACGGUCAAGGAGAAAGGAGACUACAUCCUCAUCGUCAAGUGGGGCGACGAGAUGGUGCCUGGAAGCCCCUUCCAUGUCACCGUGCCUUAACCUGUCCCGCCCCCAACGGCUCUCUCUGUCCCACUGUGCCAAAGCGCCACCCACUGUCCUGGGAGAGAGGCAGACCACGCCCACAGUGCCAAAUCCUUUUGAAGAACAAUCAAGAUAACAUCACAAUGGCAUCACCAUGCUUCUAUGCCAAUCAUCCUCCACUUUUGCAUACUCUCCGCCCCCUUUUUUAUUCACUCCCAUCGUCUCCGUUGCUCUUUUUUGCUAAUAUUUUUUUGGUACCUUCCAUUUCCUGAUGCCUGAGAAUGUAUAAAGGUGAUAUGUUGAGUGAGUGAUAUCCUGUGUUGUGUCAGCCAGUAGAUAUUGAAGUGGUAUGUCGAGUUGUGCUAGGAAACAAACUCUUGAAGGCCUCAGCCCUGUAGUGACUAGAGCUGCUAUCAGGACCAUAAGCAAGCAGGAUUCAGCUUUAAUUUAUUUAAUUGUUUCCCGUCUUCCUUGACUAAAUGCAUGUUUUGUAAGGAAGAGCACAGUCUGAUCUCUUAAACCCUAAAAGGCAAGGUCCCAGGUUUAGGCACAGUCACUACCAAAACAUCACUAGAGAGGUUGAUGUGUUCCAGGGUUGAAGUUAUGCAGAACUCAUCCUAGUUAUGACCAGGCGACUGACUUUUCUACCAUUUAUCGUGGGAAUAUUUAAAAACCCACUGGUAUUUUAGCAAAUCAGUAUUAAAGAGUGACAUUUUAUAGUAAUUUUAUAUGUUUGAAAUUAUUGAUCUAUAUGAAAAAAAAAAUCAAACUGUUUGAUAUGUUAACCUAUUGUUUGUUAAUUCUGUGCAGGCAUAUUAAAGAUUUAAUUGCUAA